UCUUCCGUCCAAAUCUCCAGGAUUAAUUGAAUUAUCUCAGCAUUUCCGUGGGCUCAUUUGGAGGACAUUAUAGCUGCUCCGGGCUAAACAAGUCACUGUUCUGAGACCCGUUUUUUGUUUGUUUGCUCUUUUUAUUUCUUUGUGAUCAUUCUAGCUGCAGACUUGUCGAGAUGAAGGACCGACUGGCGCAGCUGAAAGAGAAGGCUGAUGCUGGAGGCGAUGACAUUGAGGUUCCUGUGGAGAAUGAGGCUUUCAUGGAUGAUUUCUUUAAUCAGGCUGAAGAUAUCCGUAGCAGCAUUGACAAGAUUGACGAGAAUGUCACAGAAAUAAAAAAACUUUACUCCACCAUCUUGUCUGCCCCGACAUCUGAACAGAAAACACAAGAUGACGUUGAAGCCCUCACCAACGAGAUCAAGAAGUCAGCCAACAAUGCAAGAAACAAACUUAAAUGUAUUGAGGGCCAGCUUGAGUCGAACAAAGAUGAGAGAGCCGGCGCAGACAUUAGGAUACGCAAAUCACAGCAUGCCAUCCUGGCCAAGAAGUUUGUAGAGGUGAUGACCAAAUACAACGAGGCUCAGGUUGACUUCAGAGAUAAGAGCAAAGGACGAAUUGCCCGUCAGCUGGAGAUCACCGGAAAAGCUACAACGGAUGAGGAGCUGGAAGAGAUGCUCGAGGGAGGCAACUCAGCCGUCUUUAGUGCUGGGAUAAUGGACUCUAAGAUCAACCAACAGGCCUUGAAUGAGAUUGAGGCACGUCAUAAAGACAUCAUGAGGCUGGAAAGUAGCAUCAAAGAGCUGCAUGACAUGUUUGUUGACAUUGCCAUGCUGGUUGAGAAUCAGGGUGGUAUGAUUGACAGAAUUGAGGGCAACAUGGACCAGUCGGUGGGCUUUGUAGAGAGAGCAGUGGCCGACACCAAAAAGGCAGCCAAAUUCCAGCAGGAGGCGCGCAGAAAACAAAUGAUGAUCUUCUGCUGCUGUGUUAUCUUGGCCUUGAUACUGGGUUCAUUUGUCUUCAGCUUCUUCAAGUAGAAGCAUCGAUUUAGACCCACCACAGGCUGUCCACAAUGUUAAGGAGGAUAAGGAGGUGGUCACAACAUGGGCUCAGUUUACUGUCACUUCUGUUUUUUAUUCAUUAAAAUAAAGCUAACUCUGGCCAAAGAAGAUACCGUUAAAUGAUCCCAUUUAGAUUGAAUUAACCUGUCCCUUACAGAUUAAAAUUAACUGCAGAACUAAUUGAGAGCCACAUGAUGUCAGAUGGAUACACAAAGCAUAACGACAAAUAGACAACGCAACAAUAUUUGAACCACCAGACCAAUAGUUACACAAAAUAUCUGAAUAUUAAUGUCUUCAUAAAUAUCAGAUGUAUUGCAGAGCAAUGCCUAAAAUCAGUGUUUCUCUCUGACACACUGAAGGAAGAAAAUGUUCCAUUCACAAUGACAAAGUCCAAUUAUUUUCUUUGGCUAUGAGAAGCAACUAUAGUUACUGUGGCAGCAUGAACAUGCAUUUCUGCGGUAUUGUGUGCAGGAUUUGUCAGUAAAUUACUUUGUAUAUGUGUAGGACUUUUCAUUAGCGUUGAGUUUAAAAUAGCUGGAAAAGUCGACCAGAUAGACACUGGACAACAAGUCAAGAGGUCACAAAAAUGUGUAAAUUUGUGUAAAUCCUGAUGCUAUCGUGGACUAGCAGGGUAUUUCAUUUGCUUUUAUUUACAUUUUUGUCCACUUUCACUGAAAAGUCAGCUUAUACUCAUUUUCAACUGGAAGGAAAAGCUUCCUUACAACGCUGUCAAACUUCUUUCUUGAAGUGAUCUAUGAAGUGAGUUUUAUUGGCUCAGGAACUACUUUCUCAAAUGAUUCAAACACUCAUAAGACACUGAAUAGUUGUCAGGAUCUGCCUUCUCAAAUACAUUGAAACGUAAACGAAAAGUGAAAUGUUGUUAUAUGCCCCGGAAAGAAAAACAAUGAUUUGUUGAUGAGUAAAGAAUGAAUAUCAGCAGCUGCUCACAGAUGAACAAAGUGAAAGCAGACAGACAUCAGACAGAUAUCCCUGUAGCAUAGCAGCAUGACCAGCCACUGCACAUCAGCAAGGUCCAUAUGUAUGCACCUUGUAUAUCUGAGUAUCAGUAUAUAUCGUAGUACACUGGUGUUAUGCUUUUGUACAUUUGUGUUUUAAUUAGGAAACCAUGCUACUGUGCUUAGUAUAAUAGUAUAUUGACAGCAUCUAAUGAUACCUGCAGCUGCCAUGACUCCAUAGUACGCCUUUAUUCAAAACUCUAUCAAUUUAAUGAAUAUUGUCAUUGUCAAUAAUGUCAUGUGUGGGAUUAGAA